CCGGCUGGCGUAGUCGACUGAAAGGGGUCACUACUAUUUGCCGGCAUUUUCUAGUUUUCCAGAUACCUAUUACAAAUUCUAAGAAUAACUAUUGUGUUUCUGUUUAGCUACAGCAUCUGUCUGUAAAAGUGCUAGCAAUAGUGCGUUAACCGUGCAGUUUCGUUUUUCUAUCGAACCUACUUUGAGGUAUGGAGUGGGAAGGGCCGCCCAAGCAAGGCUUGUACGACCCACAGAACGAGCACGAAGCCUGCGGUGUUGGUUUCAUUGUUGCUAUCGACGGAAAACGUUCCCAUAAAAUCGUCCGAGAUGCUGAGACUCUCGCAAAACGUAUGGAGCACCGAGGUGCGUGCGCCUGUGACAACGACACUGGUGACGGAGCCGGCGUUCUAACUGCCAUCCCGCACCAGUUCUACUGCGCUCAGCUUAGAGACAGCCACCAAAUCGAUCUACCACCGUUUGGUCAAUAUGCCACGGGCAUCUUCUUCCUGGACAAGCUCCAUCAUCAGGAAAUAGAGAAGAAAUUCAAGGAACUGGCUGAAAGCCUCAACCUUACUGUGAUCUGCUGGAGGACUGUCCCAACCAAUAACGCCAGUAUCGGUCAGGUGGCUCGUAACUCGGAGCCAUAUAUGCGACAAGUGUUUGUUACCGGAGAUAUCGCCGACGAAAACCAACUCGCGCGUCAGAUAUUUGUGCUGCGUAAAAGGGCAUCCCAUGAACUUGUGGUGCCAGGUGCCCGAUUCUAUAUCUGCAGUUUGUCCUUGCGGACUGUGGUGUACAAGGGGCUUCUGACGUCUAAUCAACUAUGGGAAUACUUCAAGGAUUUGAACAACCCAGCGUUCACGACGUAUCUGGCGUUAGUGCACACUCGAUUCUCUACCAACACCUUCCCCAGCUGGGAACGUGCCCACCCUUUAAGAGUGCUUGCCCACAAUGGCGAAAUAAAUACGUUGCGAGGUAAUGUGAACCUCAUGAAAGCUCGGGAGGGAGUCAUGAAGAGCGAGCUCUUUGGAGAGGACUUGAAGAAGCUUUACCCUGUAGUAGAACCGAAUCUCUCGGAUUCUGGUUCAGCAGAUUGUGUGCUGGAAUUUCUACUACAUUGCGGAAAUCGAACGUUACCCGAAGCUGUGAUGACCAUGGUGCCAGAAGCCUGGCACAACGAUCCGACCAUGCCAAAAGAAAGGAGGGAUUACUAUCAGUGGGCUUCGUGCGCUAUGGAACCCUGGGAUGGCCCUGCUCUAGUGUCAUUUACUGAUGGCCGAUAUAUCGGUGCCAUUCUGGAUAGAAACGGCCUAAGACCGUCUCGUUUCUACGUCACGAAUGAAAACAUUCUCGUCAUGGCUUCCGAAGUGGGAGUCUACGACAUUGACCCUGAAAAGGUCAUUUUAAAGAGUCGUCUGAAACCCGGCCGCAUGUUGCUUGUGGACACGGAGGGUAAAAAGAUCAUUCAGGACAUGGAGCUGAAGUUGGAGAUCGCUCGAAGCCGACCGCACUCGCAGUGGCUCCAGGAACAGAUAACAAUGGAAGACAUCCACAAAUCCGUGUCCCUCCAGAACGGCUCGGUACCCAAUGGUAGCGUGAACGGCGCUAUAUCUGGCUUGAGUGACAAGAGAUUGGGACUGUUCGGAUACACCAUAGAAUCCAUCAACAUGCUCCUUUUACCCAUGAUACAGAACAAGAAGGAAGCACUCGGAAGUAUGGGCAACGAUGCUCCUUUGGCGUGCCUGUCCCGAUUCGAGCCGCUGCCCUACGAGUAUUUCAAGCAACUCUUCGCGCAGGUCACCAACCCUCCCAUCGAUCCCUUUAGGGAGAAGAUUGUGAUGUCACUGCUGUGCCCGAUUGGUCCGACGGCUAACAUACUGCAACCGAGCCCUGAGUUCGUGCACCGGUUGUUCCUACCGCAGCCGAUUCUAUCCAUACCAGACCUGGAAGCCUUGAAGCGGACCAACUAUCGUGGAUGGAGGACGAAAGUGAUCGACUGUACGUUCGAUAUAUCGGAUGGGCAGCACGGUUUGGAAGCGUCGUUGACGCGUGUGUCGGGCGAGGCGCACGCCGCCGCGGUCGAGGGCUACCAACUCGUAGUGCUGACGGACCGGGCUGCCGGGCCCACUCGCGUACCUGUCAGCUCCCUGCUAGCGCUUGGUGCUGUAGCUCAUCAUCUGAUCGAAACCCGCCAGCGUAUGAAAGUUGGUAUCAUAGUGGAGACCGCAGAGGCGCGUGAAGUACAUCACAUGUGCGUCUUACUCGGUUACGGAGCCGACGCGAUAUGCCCCUAUCUGGCCUUCGAACUAGCGUUCGCAUUACGCAAUGACAACCUAAUCGACCCCAACUUGACCGACGCGGACAUCUACCUUGCCUACCAGAAGGCUAUGGAAACUGGCUUGGCCAAGGUCAUGGCUAAGAUGGGCAUCAGUAUGCUGCAGUCAUACAAAAGUGCACAGAUAUUCGAGGCGGUUGGCCUCAGCGAGGAGGUUAUUGAGAAGUGCUUCAGGGGAACGCAAUCGAGGAUAGGUGGUAUAACAUUCGAGAUCUUAUCGCAGGAAACAUUCGAUAGGCACGCAUUGACAUACGGCGAUUGUCGCGAUAUGUUGGUACUCAGGAACCCCGGCAACUACCACUGGCGCGCUGGUGGCGAGAAGCACAUCAACGAUCCGAUGUCAAUCGCCAAUCUACAGGAAGCAGCUCUGGGCAAUAACAAAUCCGCUUACGACCGUUUCAGAGAAAGUUCGUUAGAGUCUGUACGCGCGUGCACGUUGCGCGGUCAACUCGAGUUGGUGAAGUUAGAUGAGCCCAUCCCUCUGUCUGAUAUUGAACCAGCUUCGGAGAUAGUCAAACGAUUCGCCACAGGUGCGAUGUCCUUUGGUUCAAUCUCACUGGAGGCGCAUUCGACCUUGGCAGUGGCUAUGAACCGCGUCGGAGGGAAAUCCAAUACCGGAGAGGGAGGUGAAUCUGCCGAACGGUAUCUUAACCAGGACCCCGAGUUCAACCAAAGGUCAGCCAUAAAGCAAGUAGCAUCCGGCCGCUUUGGCGUGACCGCGUCGUAUCUCGCUCACGCGGAUGAUCUACAAAUCAAGAUGGCCCAAGGCGCUAAACCGGGAGAAGGUGGAGAGUUACCUGGUUACAAAGUCACAGAAGAAAUCGCCAAAACCCGUUGCUCGGUACCGGGGGUGGGUCUUAUCUCUCCGCCGCCUCAUCACGAUAUCUACUCCAUCGAAGACUUGGCGGAGUUGAUCUACGAUCUGAAAUGCGCCAACCCGAAAGCCAGGGUCUCUGUUAAGCUGGUCUCAGAAGUUGGCGUGGGUGUCGUCGCUUCAGGUGUAGCGAAGGGCAAAGCAGAGCAUAUAGUAAUAUCCGGCCACGAUGGUGGUACUGGCGCCAGUUCAUGGACCGGGAUCAAGAGCGCCGGCUUACCCUGGGAGUUGGGUAUCGCUGAGACUCACCAGGUCUUGGUGCUCAAUGAUUUAAGAUCCAGAGUCGUGGUACAAGCUGAUGGUCAGAUUCGUACCGGUUUCGACGUGAUGGUGGCCGCAUUACUCGGCGCAGAUGAAUUCGGAUUCAGUACUGCACCGCUCAUCGCUUUGGGUUGUACUAUGAUGAGAAAAUGCCAUUUGAACACCUGCCCUGUGGGUAUCGCCACUCAAGAUCCUGUGCUGCGUAAGAAGUUUGCCGGCAAACCAGAGCACGUCAUCAACUAUCUCUUUAUGUUGGCUGAAGAGGUUCGCACGCACAUGUCGGAGGUCGGUGUAAGAACUUUCCAAGAGCUAGUUGGCCGCACAGAUCUACUGAAAGUUCGUGAACGCAACGAUAACCCUAAAGCGCGUCUGCUCAAUCUGGCGCUUAUAUUGAAGAACGCGUUGCAUAUGCGACCCGGAGUUAACAUUGUUGGAGGAUCUAAAUCACAGGACUUCCAACUGGAAAAGCGUCUUGAUAACCAGCUGAUCCAGCAGUGCAACGGCAUACUGGAAGGCGCAGACACGCAUGUAGACAUUACCAUGAGGAUAACCAAUGAGGAUCGCGCGUUUACUUCCACGCUGUCUUAUCAUAUUGCUAUGAAAUUCGGGGACGACGGUUUACCUGACGGCAAGACAGUGAAUAUCUCGCUAACGGGAUCGGCGGGACAGAGUUUCUGCGCCUUCCUCUCAAAGGGUAUCACUGUUACGCUUGAAGGCGACGCUAACGAUUAUGUCGGCAAGGGCUUGUCCGGUGGUAAAGUUAUUAUUUACCCGCCAAAGAAUUCUUCAUUCGAGUCCCACGUGAACGUGAUUGUCGGCAACGUUUGCCUGUACGGUGCUACGUCUGGCAGAGCAUACUUCAGAGGUAUAGCGUCUGAACGAUUCUGCGUGCGCAAUUCCGGUUGCGUGGCGGUCGCGGAAGGUGCGGGCGAUCACGCGUGCGAAUAUAUGACAGCGGGUACUGUGCUCAUACUUGGUCUCGUUGGGAGGAACUUCGCUGCGGGGAUGAGCGGUGGUAUCGCCUAUGUCUACGACAUCGACGGCUCGUUCAAGAGCAAAUGUAAUCCGGAAAUGGUGGAACAGCUGCCGUUGGAGCAACAGCAAGAUCUGGAUGAAGUGCAGAAACUGCUAGAAGAGUUUGUUGAAUAUACUGGGUCAAUAAUGGCCAAGACUCUACUAGAAACUUGGCCCGAACCAGCCAAGAUGUUCGUCAAAGUGUUCCCAUAUGAAUACCAGCGCGCUCUUAAGCAAAUGGCGGUGAAGCAAAUGGCGCCCAAAGCUGAGGCCAAUGGCAAGUUGGAGGAGAACGGUGUAGUUGAUAUCGAGGAGGCUGUCAGGAAUGUGGAGCUGGAUAAGAAGAAUUUAGAGAAAAUUCUGGACAAGACCAGAGGCUUCAUCAAAUACCCGCGCGAAACAUCAAUGUACAGACCGGCGGAAAAGCGCCUCCGCGACUGGGAGGAGAUUUACAACUUCGCUCAAGUGCGCCGCGGGCUUAGAGUACAAGCCGCACGCUGUAUGGAGUGCGGAGUGCCCUUCUGCCAGUCCGGGCACGGCUGUCCGCUGGGGAACAUCAUACCCAAGUGGAACGAUCUCAUCUACCGCGCCGACUGGAAGCAGGCGUUGGCGCAGUUGCUACAGACUAAUAACUUCCCCGAGUUCACUGGCCGUGUGUGCCCCGCGCCUUGCGAAGGCGCGUGCGUGCUGGGUAUAUCGGAGCCGCCCGUCACCAUCAAGAACAUAGAGUGCGCCAUCAUCGACCACGCCUUCGAGAGCGGGUGGAUACAGCCUGAAAUUCCGGAUAAUCGCAACGGUAAAACAGUUGCCGUAGUGGGAUCCGGGCCCGCUGGAUUAGCAUGUGCUCAUCAACUGAACAAGGCCGGUUACGCAGUAACAGUGUUCGAGCGCAACGAUCGCCCCGGAGGCCUCCUGCAAUACGGGAUUCCGAGUAUGAAGCUCAGCAAAGAGGUCGUCGCUCGGAGGAUCAAACUGAUGGCCGCUGAGGGCAUCUCCUUCAAAUGCAGCGUCGACGUCGGCAAGGACAUAUCCGCUGCUGAACUGGCCAAUGAAUACAACGCGCUAGUACUAUGCAUGGGGGCAACUUGGCCACGCGACCUGCCUCUGAAAGGACGCCAGCUAGGAGGGAUCCACUUCGCGUUGGAGUUCUUGGAGGGAUGGCAGAAGAAACAGGCGGGACCAGUCCCGGGACACGCCAGCAAGGAAACCCCGGCAUUGACUGCCAAGGAUAAGAACGUGCUCAUCAUCGGCGGUGGAGAUACCGGAUGCGACUGUAUAGCAACGUCGCUCCGCCAAGGUGCCAAGUCCAUCACCACAUUCGAGAUCCUCCCCGAGCCGAAAAAGUCAAGGGGACAAGAUAACCCGUGGCCACAAUGGCCUCGAGUAUUCAGGGUGGACUAUGGCCACGAGGAAGUCAAGGUCAAAUUCGGCAAUGAUCCAAGAAAAUUCUCUACGCUCACCAAGGAAUUCUUGGAUGAUGGUGAGGGCAACGUGUGUGGAGUCAACGCAGUGGAGGUGGAAUGGACGCGCGGGCCCGGGGGACGGUGGGAGAUGAACGAGAUCCCCGGAUCUGAGCGCGUGUAUAAAUGCGAGCUGGUUCUACUCGCUAUGGGCUUCCUGGGACCGGAGCGAUACGUGGCCUCGCAACUUGAUUUGAUCCUCGACGCGCGAAGCAACAUCGAGACAGCAAAAGAUAACAUCUACCAAACUCCGAUGGAGAAUGUCUUUGCUGCGGGAGACUGUCGUCGUGGUCAAUCAUUGGUAGUGUGGGCCAUCUCCGAAGGCAGGCAGGCCGCCAGAGCCGUAGACGUGUAUCUAACCGGACAAUCAUGCCUGCCCGGACCGGGCGGAGUUGUGUACACGCACUAAACGGGCCGAAUCUGCAACGGGUCAAGAUGCGUAUCAAAUUACGUACAUUAUUUGUAAAACAAUUUAAUGUAGCGCAUAGAAAAUUACGUUAGUUGGGAUCGUCCAACUUAGCAUUAAGUUUAAUUUAUUAUUAUUAUUAUUAUUAUAAGAGUUAUUUAUGAAAUACUUGCAUUCGCUUCAAAUUAAAUCUCGUGGCCCUAUUAUUAUUUCCAUUCACUACUAUUAAAUCAAAAGCAUCUAAUGGUCCUCAGAAGAUGUUUGUAUGGCUUUUAUGUCAAAAACUCGAAAUUCAAUUCAGAUUUUAAUUUAAUUUACUGAUUUGUGACUUAUUAAUAGAAAAGAUAAGGUGCUAUUUGUUUUAUUAUAAAAGAAUGCUAGUGUUUUAUAAAUGACCUUGUAUAUGAAUAAAAAUAUAUGUACCUAUAAUAUUAUACACGCAAGUCUGUUGAGUGCGCCUGGUAUGUCAGGGGUAAAACGGGAAGGAAAUUUCGUAAGUUGUAUAUUUAUUUUUGAUUAUCUUAAUACGAUAUGCAAAUGAGAUAAUCAAAAAUAAAUAUACAACUUACGAAAUCUUAAUGUGUUAUUUAUAUUUAGUCUAUUAUUUUAAACCACAACGGAAUCGAAACGUUAAAUCUAAAUUUAAUUAUUGCUCUUUUUAAGAUAUUGUUCGU